AUGGAAACUCCCAAUAUUUCUAGCUCCUCCUUCCUCUGGUAUUUCAUUCGUUUCCUUGUACUUGUCUGCCUAAUUCUCUGCUCUUUGGAGACAUGCUUUACCUUGGAAGAAAGUGAUGUAAAAAGCCACCUUGGUCUGGAAUAUAGUCAUACUGUUCAAGUCAAGUCUCUGCUACCAGCAACCACUUGCAGCCCCUCCACCCAAGGUCAUGACAAGAAGGCAUCAGUACUUAAAGUGGUACACAAGCAUGGCCCUUGCUCCCACUUCAACCAAUCACACAAAGAAAAUGCUCCCACUCACACUCAAAUCCUCGGGCAAGACCAAGCCCGAGUGAAUUCAAUCCACUCUCGGCGUAAUCCCAAGAAAGCAAUUGACCGCCGUGGCCAAAGACAGAGGGACAGCACCACUGUCCCGGCCUUGUCCGGGAGUACAGUGGGUGCGGGCGACUACAUUGUGACGGUGGGCCUAGGCACACCUAAGAAACAACUUUCACUCACAUUUGACACAGGAAGCGACCUCACUUGGACUCAAUGUCGGCCCUGCAUUAGGCCUUGCUACAAACAAGUGGACCCCAUCUUUGACCCUUCAGUCUCCAGCUCAUAUGCCAACGUGUCUUGCAAUUCUGUGGUGUGCUCUCAACUCAAAUCUGGUACGGGCUAUGCACCCGCUUGUGCAACAUCCACAUGCGUAUACACCACAGCAUACGGAGACGGCUCCAUCUCCGUCGGAUUCUUCGCCAAAGAAACCAUUACUUUAACUUCGACGGAUGUGUUCGACGGGUUCCUCUUUGGCUGCGGCAAAAUCAACCAAGGCCUCUUUCGUGGCUCUGCGGGGUUGCUUGGCCUUGGUCGCGACAGUAUUUCCUUUGUUGAACAAACUGCGGCCAAAUACGGCCGCUUUUUCUCCUAUUGUCUACCCUCCACCUCAAGCUCCACCGGUUUCCUUAGUUUUGGCAGAGAGAAGCGCGGCAGAGCUUCCAAGGGAGUGAAGUUCACGCGGCUAGCCACCCUCCCACAAAAGGAGUACUCAUCGUUAUAUGGCAUUAACCUGGUUGGUAUCACUGUGGGCGGACGUAAGUUACCCAUUUCAAUUUCAGUUUUUAAAACUUCCGGGACGAUAAUCGACUCGGGUACGGUCAUAACACGGCUGCCACCACAGGCGUACAGCGCUUUGCGGGCUGCAUUUCAGCAAGGGAUGAAAAGCUACCCGAGAGCUCCGGCAAUUUCAAUAUUGGAUACAUGCUAUGACUUUAGUAGUUAUGAGACAGUUAAUAUUCCGAAAAUAGCAAUUUCUUUUAAGGGUGGAUUGACGUUGGAUUUGGAUGGUACUGGCAUAAUAUAUCCGGUGACUGCUUCCCAAGCUUGUUUGGCUUUUGCUGCAAAUAAGAAUGACAGUGACAUUGCCGUAUUUGGGAAUGUUCAGCAGCUGAAAUUGGAGGUGGUGUAUGACGUUGAUAAAGGGAAGCUUGGAUUUGCCUCUGGAGGUUGCCUCUGA